AUGGCGUCCAAUCAAUUUACGCUGGCCUCGCCACCGACCGAUGCUAUCUCUGCCUUGAAGUUCUCCCCCGAGUCCGAUUCGACGCGGAUUGUAGUGUCAUCAUGGGAUAAGAACGUCUACGUUUACGAUCUGCGCGACGAGAAUGGCCAAGUGGGAGAAGGAAAACUCUUGCAGAAAUUUGAGCACCGCGCUCCUGUGUUGGAUGUUUGCUUUGGCGAGAAUGAGAACGAGAUUUAUACCGCUGGAUUGGAUUGGGAUGUGCGCAAAAUUGACCUAAACACAUCUCAACAAACCGUUAUUAGCAGCCACGAAGCAGGUGUGCGCAAUGUCGUCUACAGCCCUGAACACAAGGUCAUUAUCUCAGGCUCAUGGGACUCUACGCUCCAUGUAUCCCGCACAGACACCGGCACAAUCACCGACUCCCUACCUGCCGUGAUUCCGCUUCCCUCCAAACCCUUCUCUAUCUCCCUCACAGCCACAAAGCUCGUUGUCGCCAUGGCAUCGCGUGCCCUCCACAUCUACGACCUGAAGGCUUUGGCCCUCCUCACUGCACAGUCUGACAGCACCUCAACCAACGGUAACCGAGUGGAGGUCGAGCCUUGGCAACGACGUGAGAGCAGUCUCAAAUUCAUGACACGUUGUGUCGCUUGCAUGCCAGGAGACACCGGGUAUGCCUCAUCCAGUAUUGAGGGACGUGUUGCCGUUGAGUGGUUCGACCCUUCGCCUGAGUCCCAGGCGCGGAAAUACGCUUUCAAGUGCCAUCGUCAGACAUCGGACGAUGGAGUCGACGUCGUGUACCCCGUUAAUGCACUUGCUUUCCAUCCCGUUCAUGGUUCAUUUGCGUCAGGAGGUGGUGAUGGUGUGGUCGCUCUGUGGGAUGGUAUUUCCAAGCGCCGCAUUCGUCAGUACCAGAAGUAUCCGUCUAGUGUCGCUGCUGUGGAUUUCAGCGCCAGCGGCAAAUACCUUGCUAUCGCAGUGAGCCCCGGGUUUGAGGACGGCAAGGAUGAUAUUCCGGAAGGAGUGGUGAAGAUCUAUGUGCGCGAGUUGAGCGAGACAGAGGCCAAGGGUAAAGGUGCGAAAUAA